UUGAGAGGCGACAUGAGGCGAUAUAAUCGCAUUGUUCAAGUUUUUUUCUUAAUUUUAACAACAUUCUACAAAACCGACGGCGAUUGUGUUUUGUCUUUAAAAAAUGAUUUCGGAGAACCAUCACCUGUUUAUGUCAAAAAUGGCACGUUUCUAUCAUCCACCACACCAACUGGCGACAUCUUAAUGCGGCGAUCGGAAAAAAUUCUAGUGGGAUGCCCGGGGAAAAACAGAUACGUUGUUUUUGGAGGUGAUGCUACAGAUUUUGAGGUCGCAGAGGUUCAAUGCAUCUCUGACACAAUAUUCCGCUAUGGUCUUUGGCUGGGCGAGUUCAAAGACAUCAGGUGUAAUGCACCGCCUUGGUUCACAGUGGAGCCCAAUUAUACAGAGUGCUUCGGUGGGCGUACACUCUACAAAGUCGGCUAUCAGGUGGGUGGUGAGUUCUUGAUGUUAUACGAAGCCUGCUUCGACAGUCAACUCCUGACAACUCUCUACGUGCGGCACGAGUUGUCACCAGCCAACAGUUUCUAUCAGCGCGGUGUUAGACGAUCCCAAUUUAUUGAUACGGGUCUAUUUGGCAAGUAUUGCAUCGCUCGACUGUACUCCACGAAGAACCAAAGAGCGCGCUUCAACGACAUUCUUGGCGACAGGAUGGACCAGCGAUACAUUACUAGAAAUCAGUUCCUCACGCGGGGCCACCUUGCUCCAAGAGUGGAUUUCACAUUGAGCGCUCUGCAGCGAGCCACGUUCCAUUAUAUCAACGCUGCACCUCAGUGGCUGCGAGGGAAUGCUGGGGACUGGGCCGCCUUAGAAGAUGCAGUUCGCCGUCGUGCCCACAGCAAUGGAUCCCGAUUAGUUGUGUACACGGGCACUCACGGUGUGUGUACCCUCGCUGAUGCACACAAUGAACACCAUGAGUUGUUUCUACACGUAGAUGACAACAACAAUGGUAUCGUACCCGUGCCUCUUUACUAUUAUAAGGUGGUGUAUGACCCUAAAAAAGAAACUGCAGUUGCUUUUGUUUCAAUCAAUUCACCCUUCUAUAAUCGAACUAUGGUGGAUCAGCUGACGUUCUGCGAUGACAUAUGUGAUGGGAACAGGAACUAUUCGUGGCUAAGAUGGCGUCCUAAUGACGGCACGCACAGUUUUUGUUGUGAUUACGAAGAAUUCGUGAAAGUAGUUGAACACUUGCCGAAGCUUGUUGUAAGAGACAGAUUUUAUUGA